UCGUCUGCUCGAGUGCUAAAUUUAUCUUCAGAGGAACGACCGCGCCAGCCGCGAACCGGAUCUCUAUGGAGGUGGCAUAGGCGGUAUCCCUGAGCUGAGAGCAUCACCCUGUCCCCGAAUCCUUCCUCCCUCUGUUUUGUUUUUCAUUCCCCCCUCCCUUCCUCUCCCCUCCCAGUCCGCGACGACUGGCUCUUGACCCUGUUCAGGCCUCGGUGAAGGCUUUUGGUUACUCCCUUUCCACCCCAUCCCUUAAUUUUAUUCUUUUGAAGAGUCUGCAUGUCAAGCUACCAAGGUGGAGAGUGUGAUUGCAAAAAGGAAUACUCCUCAUUUCAGAAAAAGUUUGCCAACCCCUGCCGUGGGACGUAUUCCUCAAGGACCCUUCGUUAAAAAUAUACUUACCAACUCUUCAUUAUUUCUUACCCCAGUGGUUCCCAAGAUGUGUUUUAUAGAACAUUAAUACUCUCUACGUUAAUAAGUGUUCUGAGAAAAAGAUCAAUGCUAACAAUCGUUUUCUUCAUACUUUAUUUUCAAAUAUAAGUUUAAGACUACUAAACUCAUUUCUAUAGCUUUAUUUUUAUGUGAUAAUCUACGUUUAAGAAAAGGUGUGCCAUACCUGAGAGCACCAGGAAGUCGCAUGAGAAAUCACCUGAUACACGAACAUGUGAUGUUCCAUCUGCGCAUUGAUGCAUAGGCAGCAUUUACAAAUUAACUGAUGUGUUGCUCUGUAUCAUCUCUUUGAUGAUUGCUCAUCUUCUGUGUAUCCUGUUGUAUAAUUUCAACACAUUUGUGAUACUCAGUUUAACCAUGUUUUGUACCACAAACACAUUGCCUAUGGAUCUGUUGUUGAAACAAGGAAGUCUUAAACAAGAAGUAGAAUCUUUUUGUUACCAAAUUGUGUCUGAAUCAAAUGAUCAAAAGGUUGGAAUAUUACAAAGCGAGGAUGAACAGUUGCAGCCUUCAGUUUCUAAAAAAUCAGAAGGUGAGCUUUCCAGGGUCAAAUUUAUUUCCAAUUCCAACAAAAUAACAACAUUUAGUAAGAAACCAAAAAGAAGAAAAUAUGAUGAAAGUUAUUUGUCUUUUGGAUUUACUUACUUUGGAAAUAGAGAUGCACCUCAUGCUCAGUGUGUGUUAUGUAAGAAAAUUUUAUCAAAUAGUUCUUUGGCCCCUAGUAAACUUCGAAGACAUUUGGAAACUAAACAUGCUGCCUACAAAGACAAAGACAUAAGCUUUUUCAAGCAACAUCUUGAUUCACCUGAAAAUAACAAACCUCCAACACCUAAAAUUGUCAAUACAGAUAAUGAAAGUGCUACAGAGGCAUCAUACAAUGUAAGUUACCAUAUAGCCCUGAGUGGAGAGGCUCAUACUAUUGGAGAAUUGCUUAUCAAGCCUUGUGCAAAAGAUGUUGUGAUGCGAAUGUUUGAUGAACAAUACAGUAAAAAAAUAGAUGCAGUACAACUAUCAAAUAGUACUGUUGCACGUCGAAUUAAGGAUCUUGCUGCUGACAUUGAAGAAGAGCUUGUUUGUAGACUGAAAAUUUGUGAUGGGUUUUCACUGCAGCUAGAUGAAUCAGCUGAUGUGUCAGGACUGGCUGUGCUGCUUGUGUUUGUUCGUUAUAGGUUUAAUAAAUCUAUUGAGGAAGACCUACUCUUAUGUGAAUCUUUGCAAAGUAAUGCUACUGGUGAAGAAAUAUUCAACUGCAUCAACAGUUUUAUGCAGAAACAUGAAAUUGAAUGGGAAAAAUGUGUUGAUGUUUGUAGCGAUGCUUCUAGGGCAAUGGACGGGAAAAUUGCUGAGGCUGUCACCUUGAUAAAAUAUGUGGCUCCCGAAAGCACCAGUAGUCACUGCCUAUUAUAUAGACAUGCACUAGCGGUUAAAAUAAUGCCUGCAUCUCUGAAAAAUGUGCUAGAUCAGGCAGUACAAAUCAUCAAUUACAUUAAAGCUCGACCACAUCAAUCCAGGCUACUAAAAAUUUUAUGUGAGGAAAUGGGUGCCCAGCACACAGCGCUUCUUCUGAAUACAGAGGUGAGGUGGCUUUCCCGAGGUAAAGUUCUUGUAAGACUUUUUGAGCUUCGUCGUGAACUAUUGGUUUUCAUGGAUUCUGCUUUUCGACUAUCUGAUUGUUUAACAAAUUCAUCUUGGCUGCUAAGACUUGCAUAUCUUGCAGAUAUUUUUACUAAAUUAAAUGAGGUUAAUCUAUCAAUGCAAGGAAAAAAUGUAACAGUUUUUACAGUUUUUGAUAAAAUGUCAUCAUUGUUAAGAAAAUUAGAGUUUUGGGCUUCAUCUGUAGAAGAAGAAAAUUUUGAUUGUUUUCCUACACUCAGUGACUUUUUGACUGAAAUUAAUUCUACAGUCGAUAAAGAUACUUGUAGUGCCAUUGUGCAGCACCUAAGGGGUUUGCGCUCUACUCUGUUAAAAUAUUUUCCUGUAACAAAUGACAAUAACACUUGGGUUAGAAAUCCAUUUACAGUAACUGUUAAGCCAGUCUCAUUAGUAGCACGGGACUAUGAGAGCCUGAUUGAUUUAACAUCUGAUUCUCAAGUGAAACAAAAUUUCAGUGAACUUUCACUAAAUGACUUUUGGAGUAGCCUAAUUCAGGAGUACCCAAGCAUUGCGAGGCGUGCGGUUCGUGUACUUCUUCCUUUUGCUACAAUGCACCUGUGUGAAACGGGAUUUUCAUAUUAUGCCGCAACAAAAACGAAAUACAGGAAAAGACUUGAUGCUGCACCUCAUAUGCGGAUUCGACUUAGCAACAUUACACCUAAUAUUAAGCGGAUAUGUGAUAAAAAGACACAAAAACACUGUUCUCAUUAAAAUUAAGAGGGUUUUGCAUGUCUCUUGAUAACCAAAUAUAAGAUGAAAAUAAAAGAUGAUUUCAUCUCUGCUA